AUGGCUGACCAGUCUGAAUGUAGCCCGUACAGUACGGUGAUUGAGGAUGAAUCCUUGCACCUUAUUCCAGCGCCAACGGGGAAAAAACGCAUUCCGAUUAGGACCCCACAACAGCGGACGAGGCCUAACAAUGCAUGGCGUUUUUGGUGCAUAGAAAGCCUGCAGUGCUUGUCGACAAUCGAAGGUAAAAUGCGACGGAGAGAGGCCAUGUACAAGGUGGUUAUAUUCCAGAUUUACAUGAAGCCUAAAGCUUAUCCUGAUAAAUCAGGUGUCAAAAAUUAG